AUGUCAUCCACCAACAACGCCCCGAGCUUCGUGCCCCCCAACCAGCACAGCCGCCUGCGCGCCUGCAUGGUAUGCUCCAUCGUGAUGCUGCAGUCGAAAUUCCGGGACGACGGGUGCCCCAACUGCGAUGACUUCCUGCGUCUGCGAAAGGACACCGAGGCUAUCGAGAGCUGCACGAGCCAGGUCUUUGAGGGCCUAAUCACCCUCGCCAAUCCGGCCCGUUCCUGGGUCGCCAAGUGGCAGCGUUUGGAUGGCUACGUCCAGGGCGUCUAUGCGAUAAAGGUCUCCGGGCAGCUGCCUGAUGAAGUUAAGGCUACUAUGGAGGAAGAGUUUAGGAUUACUUAUAUUCCGCGUGACGGAAGUGCUGUGGAAACCGAAUAA